CAAUAUAUCGAUAGCAGCUAAGGUUUUUGCAUCGCAGUUAUUAUUAUUAUUAUUUUACAACAAAAUGCAAAGCCAGCGGUUUCUGUUUGUGGCCAUUUUGGCCUGCUUUUUAGUGAUAACUAAAUCCACGCCCCUAAGCGACAUAUCGGAUUCGGAUGAAUCAACGUCGGCGAACGAGAAGCCACAGAAAAAUCCAGACGAAGACGGCAAAUUUGAUAUUUCCCCCUUCAGGGAUGACGAUGAAUACCUGCAGGAUUCCUCGCGGGAGAUGUCCGUCCAGGAUCACAACUGGGAUGUGCUGAUAUUCACGCAACAAUGGCCGGUGACCACCUGCUACCACUGGCGCGAGGAUAAUCCCGACCAGGAGUGCACUUUGCCGCAAAAGAAGGAGUUCUGGACCAUCCACGGCAUCUGGCCGACGAAACUACAUCAAAUGGGUCCCAACUUCUGUAACAAUUCGGCCAAUUUCAGUCCGGACAAGCUGAAUCCCAUUGAGGAUCGUUUGGAGACCUUUUGGCCGGAUCUUAAGGGAGUCGAUUCCACGGAAUGGCUGUGGAAACAUGAGUGGCAGAAGCAUGGAACAUGUGCCAUGCUCUUGGAGGAUCUGAACACCGAGCUCAAGUACUUCGAACAAGGACUCACCUGGCGGGAGGAGUACAUCAUGUCGCGCAUUCUGGACGCCUCCGAUAUCCAUCCCGAUUCGAAUAACACUGUGGCGGCCAUCAACAAUGCCAUUGUGAAGGCGCUGGGCAAGAAUCCCUCGAUUCAUUGCCUGUACGAUGGCAAAAAGGGCAUCAGUUAUCUAUCGGAGAUUCGUUUGUGCUUCAGCAAAUCCCUGGAGCUCAUCGAUUGCGAUGGCGUCAAGCAGGGCGAUGCUGUGCCCGUUGGCGUUCCCGGCGGCACCAUCAUCACCAAUUGCCACAUUGGCAGCUUGGUCCAUUACCCCAGUUUGGUUCCGCCGCUGCAAAGGAAGAGCCAUUGGAAGUUGCCCCUGGUCAAUGUCUACAAAUUGCUGCAGUUCCUCAUGUGGUUCACCUUGUAAACAGGCCCCAAGUUCGAAAGUAUUUUGAGGCACGCCUUAGGAGGACUCACGGUUAACUCCACUGUUCUGCUAUUCUUCCGCUUAUUUGAAGUACUGGAGGUCCGAAGCUAAACAAUCAGAAGCGAAAAAAAAAACAUACGUUUUUAAAUAGCUGCAAAUUUAGUAAAUUGUAAACAAAAGGGGUCAUAUUUUACAUUUUCAUUGCUUAAAGGAUAAGCAAUUUAUAUAUAUUCACCUUUGUUGACCACAUCAAUCUGUUCGAUGGCAUUACUUAAACUGUACAAAAUUGAACACUGCAAUUGAUUUUAAAAAUAUCACACUUAUUAGUUAUUAAACCCUAUUUUAUUGGCA